AUGGAGGGCGUGGCGGUGAUCACGCUGGGCGGCAAGGUGCAGCACGGGCUGAAACACGUCGAGGUGUUCCUCAUGACGUUCGCGCCUGGUGCCAAGACCCCCAUUCACUCGCACCCGCAGGAGGAGGUGGUGGUGUUUGUGCGUGGAGAGGGCAAGGUGUGGGUGGUGGAGGAGAAGAAGACAGAGCCGUCCUCGCAUGCAGUCAAGCGCAACACCACCGUCACCUUCCAACCCAAGGCCCUGCACCAGAUAGUGAACGACGGCACCGAGGAGCUGCAGCUGAUAGCAUCGUACUCCAAGCCGCCGCACAAGAUGGCGGUGCACGCCACGUGGCACACCCCCCGCAAGGAUGCUGAGAGCGCCGGUCGGGCCUCGUGGGACGCGUGCGUGGUGCGGGAAGGAGAGGGGGGUGAGUCGGUGGAGGGGGAGAGAGGGGAGGCGGAGGGGAAGCCAGGGGGUGCUGAGACAGCUGCCAGUGGGGAGGGUGCUUCUAGUGGGGAGGCUGCUACUGGUGCAGCGGCUGGAGGGAAUGUGGUGGGGGAAGAUGCGACUGCGAGGGCAGAGGAGGAGGAGCUGAGAAGGGACUUAGAGGGAGACUCUGGAAGAGGGGAGGAGGUAGCAGGGCCGUCACAGGAGUUGAAGGACGAGCUGUAG